UUAUAUCUAGCAGAAGGGAUGUUGGUGCUUGUGUUCGUCAGCAUUAGCCGAUAAAAUAUAUUAAGGCCUAUACUUACUUCUCGGAAUGACAAAAGAUAAAUCUCAUCUUUUAUACCGAAUAAAGAACCACUAAUACCAUUGGAUGCAGGUGAAUGAUGGCACCGGAGCGGCCGGGACCAGAGGACAAGCCUGGAGUGGCUCUGGUCCAGAGAAGUGGUGCAGUCACCAUCCCAGUCAUACCGGUCUUCUCACUGCCUAACGCCCUAGUACAUCUGAAGGAAGAGGAUGGUGCAAGCAGUGUGUUGACUGCUGUACAGGGAGAGAAACCAGAGAAGCUACGUGGAGAGGAUGAUGACCUCACCUCUCUCACCUGGCUGCAGGACAAGAAUCUGCUCAAAGGUAUGAAUCUUCGGGCAACUGUAGGUGAGCCACAAGAAUCACCAACAAGUGAUUAUGUGGAUGACAGUGCCAGUGAGCUAGCUGAUUCAACAUGCUCCAGUGGUCAUUCACCGAGCCCAGCCCCUCCCACCGUUGCCACUACUGCACCAAGCAAGCAGAAACAUCCCUACCAUUUGCCAUAUGAUCCACUGGUGCAUGUCACCUCAAAGCCUCCAUACUCUUUCUCGUGCCUCAUUUUCAUGGCUAUAGAGGACUCCCCCCAGAGAGCACUGCCAGUGAAGGAGAUAUAUGCAUGGAUACUGGAGCAUUUCCCUUAUUUCAAGAAUGCACCAACAGGAUGGAAGAACAGCGUGCGCCAUAAUCUGUCCCUGAACAAAUGCUUUAGAAAAGUAGAGAAGGCACCUAAUUUAGGUAAAGGCUCACUGUGGAUGGUGGACCCAGUGUUUCGCCCUAAUUUAAUGCAAGCACUUCAGAAGGCUCCUUUUCAUCCCUAUACCACUCUUGAUAGAGUGUCCAUGGUAACAAACAGGGUUCAGGUUAACAGCACAACAGAACCAAUUGGACGCAAUGAGUUUAUGGUGAUUAAGUCCAGUAGUCGACUUCCAAACCCUGAGUUGUUCCCGUACCUUAGUCGUCGCCUUGCUGCAUCAGGAGUGGAAGGCUUGAGAAAUAGAGAUGUGGCAGCUGACAGUGAUACCACCACAACAGAUGAUGCAGACUCAUUGGAUGAUGUGGAUGCAGCUGCUGCAAUGCUAGCUCUCAAACAUGGUCCACGUGUGCUCACUCCAAAAAAAGCUGAUUGUUAUAAACGAUCACAGAUGAAUGAUGGGGUUGGACAGACAUGUUUGCUGGAUGUACGAAACGCACGUAAGAAGACCAGGGCUUCCAAAAACACUCAGGACACAGGAAGGAAGGAACAGAUGAUACCGGUGAUCACAACGUCUCCUAGUGAGGACCACACAUACAGUGCAGGCCCUACAGUAGCUGCUACACAAGGGAUUGUCCUUCCAGCAUUGUCUUCCCCAUCUCCAGAUGAGGCAUUUGAAGAGGGCUCAGAGUCAGAUGACAGCUCCCAGGUUGUGUAUCGCUAUAAGAAUACAUUGAUGGAGGAUACUCAAAUUGAGCAAGCUUCUUUCCCUCUAUCUGAUUCUGAAGAGCAGCGGAAGAUUGCAGAAGGAGCAGAUGCUCUACUCAAUCUCGCUGGGAUCUCUACUCGCAAACGUGCACAGUCUGCAGUCCUUUAUCCACCAGCUCCUGUGAAACGAAUGACUACGAGAGGGAGGAGGAAAACACCAUAUCGGCCACGCCUGUUGCGUUCAGUUCGCCCUAAUAUAAGAAAGAAACCAGAAGAGGGAAUACAUCAGCAUCGCCAGAAGUCACAAGCAUUGAUAAACAAUAACAGUAGCAGCAACAAUAACAACAUUGCCAUGAUACCAGGAAACAAUGUGAAGGUGCUGAGAACAUCGCUCCGAUCAUCAUUUCAUGGUAACACCAAUGAAAAUGAAUAUAGCCAUGAAGCAUGUGCAGAGAAGUCUAAGAGGUAGGGCAGAACAAUACUAGUGUAAUAAUUCUUAGCAGACUUUAGCGUGGAUUUUCUUCCCCCAGCCCAUAGUUAUUAUUGUAUUGAUCAAUGACAGUGAUGCAUAAUUUAUUUUGUGAAAACAUGGAAUGUGACUGGUGUAUUUUGAACUUAUCCUUGAAAUAUUUAAAUUUGCUGAGCAUUCUUCAUUUCCUCACGCUAAAUUCAAAUAAAUUGAAUGCUAGUAUAUAAUAUUUGUGGUUAGGAAUUUACCAUUUCUUGAUGGUAUACUGAGUUUUUAUCUGUGAAUUCAUUUUGAAUUCUUGGCUCAUGUCAUAUUAGCUUCUGUGUUUCCAAGGGACAGGAAUGGCAAUAACUUUCCAUGGUUUGGCUUUAUGCAGCAAUUUCCAGGAAUGCAUUAACCAUGGAUGACAUGGGAUGCCUGUAAU